AAUAUUGAGUCAGAGAGAGACAAAAAAGUACCUAGAGAGAGAGAGAGAGGGGGGGAAUGAGAACUCCUUACUGUGACAAAGCUGGAAUGAAGAAGGGUACAUGGACACCAGAAGAAGAUACAAAGCUAAUAGCAUAUGUUACAAGGUAUGGCUGCUGGAAUUGGCGACAACUCCCCAAAUUUGCUGGUCUAUCAAGGUGUGGGAAGAGUUGCAGAUUAAGAUGGAUGAAUUAUUUGAGGCCAAAUGUGAAGAGAGGAAAUUAUACUAAAGAAGAAGAGGAAACCAUCAUCAGAUUGCAUGCAUCUAUGGGGAAUAAAUGGUCUGCUAUUGCUGCUCAAUUACCCGGAAGAACUGACAAUGAGAUCAAGAACUACUGGCACACCAACCUCAAGAAACACGUUAACCAAAAGACGGUCAGGGUGAUGAUCAAUGAUGAAGAAAACUCUAGUAUCAUUGAAACAAAUCAAGGAGAGAAGUCAAUCAGACCAAUCAACGAGUACAAAAUUCAAAAUUCUGCUAAUGUUGAAGUUCUUGAAAGCUCAUCGUCUUCGUCGAUGGAAGAAUCAGCAACGGAAUUAGCCUCAGCUCUGACUGCAAUAGAGACAAGUUCGGACUUGAUUCGUCAAGACGAGCUUGAUUUCUGGGAAACAUGUGGUGGAGAUUUCUGGACUGAACCAUUUGUGCCAGAUAACAUGUAUAACCAUUCCAAUGAUCACUACCUCGUGUCGCUGGUUGAACCUGCUGGAGAAUUUCAAUCUCCAUAUCUUGAUCAGGAAAUUUUAUGCUCUUAUGGUUUCUACUAAAUCAAGAUCACCUCCCUCAAGGCCCUUAUUCUCGCCUUCUAUUCUUCUUUGCUACAUCUUUUGCAACGAUAUAUAUAAUGUCAGAGGUGGAUUUGUAUAAUGUUAGUGUUUGUGAGGUUUUUUUCCUUCUCCUGCUACGAAUCCUGUCCAACGUGGAAGGACCAAGCACAUGAAUGUUCGGUUUCAUGCUAAGAGAAGCAAAGAAGAGUGAAGAAGUGAAGCUGGUUUAUUGUAUGGUGGAGAGUAGUUGGUCUAAAGCCUUCUAGAAGACUUGUAAGUCUAUGGUGAUUAUAGAGAAAUAGAGCAUAUAUAUGUUGAUGGCGAACCUACUCUCUCAUUCUUCUGCUUUGAUUUAUGUUUAUGGUGUAUAUUUGUUUUCGAAACUUCUAUCUAAAGAGAAGGGAACUAGAGCUUACAAUAUGAAACCAUA